AUGGUAAAGUUGUAUACUUUGCCGUUGUUUGCGUUAAGACCUAUGUAUUUUACAAUGCGAAAUUUCAAAAAAGCUUUCCAAGACAUUGUAAUGUCUAGACGAGCAAUAAGAAACAUGAAUAUGUUUUACCCUGACGCUACUUCCGAGGAGCUAGCCGCUGCCGACAAUGUUUGUAUAAUCUGCAGAGAAGAAAUGAUUGCAGCCAGCAAGAAACUUCCGUGCAAUCACAUAUUUCAUACAGUUUGUUUACGAUCAUGGUUUCAACGGCAACAGACGUGUCCAACUUGUCGUUUGAAUAUUUUAAGAUCUGCUGUCAGUAGCGUAGAUAGUCGUCAACCGAAUCAAGUACCGGGAGAUGUUUCGACAUCUCAAUCUAAUCAACCAUCAACGAUGAAUAGUGAAGAAGAACUUCAUGAGAUGGAAGGAAAUUUAAGACAAGCAGUCGAAGCUAGAAUACAAACACUUCAAAGAAUUCAACUUCUUCUCGACGCAGCUAAUGUCAUGAUGAACCAAUAUCAAAAUGCAACGGCCACAUCAAAUUUCCAAAAAUUGAAAUUAAUAUUGAAAACAAAGUAUACUUAG